AUGAACAAAUUUGCCUCAGCUACCGAGCAGGGUCCUGUCUACUUAUAUCUAUCUAUCUCGGUCUGUUCAUUAUCUCUAUCUGAAUCUAUUCAUAUCUAUCUCAAUUUGUUCAUUAUCCCUCUCUCUAUCUAUCUAUCUAUCUAUCUAUCUAUCUGCCUCAGUCUAUUAGUCGGUCUUUUUUUCUGUUUCUUUCUUUUACUAACUUCCCUUCUUUAUAUUUCUUUACCGAUCUGUUCAAAUCUGUCAAAAAAUCUAUCUAUCUAUCUAUCUAUCUAUCUAUCUAUCUAUCUAUCUCUGUUCAUAUCUAUCUUUUCUAUCUAUUUAUCUAUCUAUCUCUGUUCAUAUCUAUCUGUCUGUCUAUCUAUUUAUCUAUCUCUCUCUGUUCAUAUCUAUCUGUCUAUCUAUCUGUCUCUGUUCAUAUCUAUCUAUCUAUUUAUCUAUGUUCAUAUUUAUCUAUCUCAGUCUGUUCAUAUCUAUCUAUCUAUCUAUCUAUCUACCUUUCUCUUUUCAUAUCAAUCUGUCUAUCUGUCUCUGUUCAUAUGUAUCUAUCUCUGUUCAUAUCUAUCUAUCUAUCUAUCUAUCUCAGUCUGUUCAUUAUCAAUCUAUCUAUCUAUCUAUCUAUCUAUCUAUCUAUCUAUCUAUCUAAUACUACGUGGAAAUAGCUGCACAUUUGAAUAA